UAACCCGCAAGCAAAACGAAAAUCGACGACUCUCCUCCUUAUUGUUAGGGUUCCUGAUGAGGAGGAGGACUCAACUUCACUCCCUUCUACUCUACUCUCUGUGUAACCCACCGGAAGCACUCUGAGUUCUCUUGCUUCAUUCUCAGGCGAUUCGUAGCUUGCUCUGCGUUCACCAGGUUGGUUAUUUGCACCAUGGCUCCUCUUCCCGGUGUGAGAGUUUUUGUUGAACCUGUAUUUUGUCCUCAGGCUAUUUCAGACUGGUAUGCAUGUGGAUCUAGGGAUAAGAAGAAAGAAAUUAUGGAAAGUGGCAAUGUAAAGAGUGGAGAAAUGUCCUUACGAGCAAAGAAGCAUCUGUCGGCUGCUGGGUGGGAAUUCUCACAUGUUGAGAAGAAAGGAAGGAAUCCCGAGUUGCGGUAUAAAUCACCAAAGGGGAGGUAUUACCAUUCUCUCAGAUUGGCCUGCCUGGAAUGCAUGAAAGACCUUGGACUAUAUUCUAAAGAUAUUACUGCAAGAACUGAUCAAAUGCCGAUGCAAAGCAUGGCUAGAGAAGAUGGAUUGGAUGGUGCACUUUUAGGAAAUAGAAAGCGAAGAAACCCAUCUGAUCAAGAUGUAAAUACCCGGAAAUUUAGGAAAGGAAAGGGAAACCCAUCAGAUCAAGAUGUAAAUACCCGGAAAUUUAGGAAAGGAAAGGGUAUAGUAGUUGUAGCAGAGCAUCAACACAUUGAGAAACUGGCUCCUCCUUGCCGCAAACCUCGAUGUAUUUUGUCUUUCCUCAUAGACAUGAAAGCAGUGCUGCCAGAUGCAAAAGUGUACUAUAAAGGUCAAAAAGGCCACCAGCGAAUGAAAGAAGGGAAGUUAACUCGUGAUGGGAUCAGUUGCGAUUGUUGUCAGAAUUUGUUCACUCUAAGUGGUUUUGAAGCUCAUGCUGGCAGCACUUAUCGUAGGCCUGCUGCCAGUAUUGUUUUAGAAGAUGGAAGAUCUUUGUUAGAGUGUCGGAUGCAAAUCUUAUAUAAGACCCCCACACUUAAGACACAUGAGAGAGUCAGGAGUUGUCUACCUGAGUAUAAGAGUGAUUACAUAUGCUCUAUCUGUCACUAUGGAGGUGAAUUACUAUUAUGUGAUCGAUGCCCUUCUGUCUUCCAUCUAAGCUGCCUUGGUCUAAAGGAUCUGCCUGAAGGAAAAUGGUUCUGCCCAUCAUGCAGAUGUGGCAUAUGUGGUCAAAGUGAAUUCGAUGGAAAUGACAAGGAGUUCACAGCAACAAUGGCUCUGCAUUGUGAUCAAUGUAGACGGGGCUAUCAUGUUGGGUGCUUAAAAGGAAAGGAACUGGUUAAUAAGCUGGAAGGUCAUGAUAGAAAAAGAAAAUGGUUUUGCACAAAAAAAUGUGAGAAAAUAUAUAUCGGUCUCCAUGAAAUUUUGGGCAAAUCAUUUCCUUUGGAUGCUAAUAAUUUGUCUUGGGUAAUUUUGAAAUCUGUUAAAGAUGAUAGGGGUGAUACUGAGGAAUCAUCUGAUGCUGAUCAAGUCAGGACAGAGUGCUACAGAAAGUUGACUGUUGCACUAGGUGUAAUGCAUGAAUGUUUUGAGCCAAUUAAUGAACCUCAUACAAACAGUGGUCUAAUAGAAGAUUUGAUAUUCAGCAAGUGGUCAGAGCUAAACCGGCUAAACUUUCAAGGGUUCUACACUAUGGUUCUGCAGAGGAAAGAUGAACUGAUCUCUGUGGCUACUGUUAGGAUCCACAAUGAGAAGGUUGCCGAAGUACCCCUCAUUGCUACUCGCUUUGAAUAUCGUAGUGAAGGGAUGUGCCGUCUUCUUAUGAAUGAGCUUGAGAAGAAACUAGUAGAACUAGGAGUGGAAAGGUUGGUUUUGCCUGCUGCUUCUAAAUUGCUGAAUACAUGGACCAAUGCCUUUGGGUUCUCAAAGAUGACAGAGUCAGAGAGAUUGAAGUAUUUAGAGAAUACUAUCUUGGAUUUCCAGGACACUGUCAUGUGUGAGAAACUAUUAAGGAAGAUGUCUUCAGCAAACCAAGAUUAUGAGUGCAUUGAUUUUGACAGGUGCAGUAUUGAUUCUGGUGUGACUCAUGAAAAUCAAAUUGAAGAAAGUGAAGUCAAGCAAUUGCAGCAAAAUGAAGAAUGUGAUGAGGCGCUGUGCCCAGAUGUUCUCUGUAAUGACUUCCUUGAACAAGAAAGUGAAAUAAUGGAGCUGUUGCAGCAAGAGGAAGAAUCGGAUAAGAUUGAUUCUGAUGUGAUUCAUGAAGAUCAAAUUGAAGAAAGUGAAGUCAAGCAAUUGCGGCAAAAUGAAGAAUGUGAUGAGAUGCUGUGCCUUGAUGUUCUCUGUAAUGACUUACUUGAACAAAGUGAAAUAAUGGAGCUGUUGCAGCAAGAGGAAGAAUCGGAUAAGAUUGAUUCUGAUGUGAUUCAUGAAGAUCAAAUUGAACAAAGUGAAGUCAAGCAAUUGCAUCAAAAUGAAGAAUGUGAUAAGAUGCUGUGCCUUGAUGUUCUCUGUAAUGACUUACUUGAACAAAGUGAAAUAAUGGAGCUGUUGCAGCAAGAGGAAGAAUCAGAUAAGAUUGAUUCUGAUGUGAUUCAUGAAGAUCAAACUGAACAAAGUGAAAGCAAGCAAUUGCAGCAAAAUGAAGAAUGUGAUAGGACGCUGUGCCCUCAUGUUCUCUGUAAUGACUUACUUGAACAAAGUGAAAUAAUGGAGCUGUUGCAGCAAGAGGAAGAAUCCGAUAAAAUUGAUUCUGAUGUGACUCAUGAAGAUCAAAUUGAACAAAGUGAAGUCAAGCAAUUGCAGCAAAAUGAAGAAUGUAAUAAGAUGCUGUGCCCUGAUGUUCUCUGUAAUGGCUUCCUUGAACAAAGUGAAAUAAUGGAGCUGUUGCAGCAAGGGGAAGAAUCAGAUAAUAGGAUGGAAUCCUUGCAGCCUGAUCAGAAAGAUGAUGAAUUUUGGAUGGAUUUUUUGUGUUGUGAUGUCUUCAAUAAUGACUCACUUUAUUUUCCCAGCUAUAACAACAAUGAGAUGUAAUACAAUGGCGAUUUCUUGGUUGA